AUGGGGGAGAUAUUUUUGGAUAAAGCACUUGGCUUUCUGUCAUCGGACAAGCAGAAGGACCGAGCUGAUGGCCUAGCAGAUCUGAAGCACAUCUUGCACCAGAAUAAGCAGAGCUCAAAGCUACUGGACCUCAACGAUAAAGCAUGUUACAAAAUCUUUGAAUCCUUGUUCCGAUUUGUUGCGCUAGAAAGACCAAUUUACAAUCGUGCUCAAAGAUCGAACUCCAAGAACCCGUCUAGAACCCGAUUGUCAACAUGCUCCUCAGUGCUUCGGACUGCGGUCAAUAUUUUCAUGCGAAACUUAAGAACCAAAACCGUCCGUGCGAUAAUUGAACAUAUCACCGAGACCAUACCGAUUCCAGGAGAAGGCCUAUGGGAGCUCUUGAGUGUGGACUAUACGAAAUGCUUGGCAUCUCUGCUACGCCACUCCCCCCACACCGAACAUCUCGGUGAUACAGAAUGGGAGAACCUCAUGGAUUUUUGCCUUUCAGUCAUUAACCUGGAUGAGGGAAACGAGAACCAGCUCAGUAUCCGCAUUGAACAUCGUUCGACCCUCGAAGAGACACUGGAUAGUAGCGAUGGCCGCUCAACCCCAUUCCGAAUGACCCCGGCCCCGACCCCCAAAGAAAAACACUCCGGCGAGAGAAAUACUCUCGUGGAGAUCAUAACAUGCAUACAGCUGUUGACUGCAAGUCCUAAUGCCCCCGUGCAGGCUACGGCCGAGAACAUUUUACGGAGCCUGGUGGAGUUUGUCAAGUCGCCAUCCAGAAUGGCUGGAAGUGCACACCAUCUUGCGUUCAGUAGCAUCAAUACAGUCAUUUCAAAGGUCUUAUUUGAUCAAUCUGAGCUGGUCCGAUCAUCUUUGUUGGACCUUAUACCAGUAAUCCGGCGUCUAUGGAUCACUAAGCUCCCCAUACUGAAAGAUGAGCUUCUCGCUACCUUGAUGCUGUGCAUGGUUAUUCUAGUCGAUUCAGCUGCAAAUGAUCCAACUGAAUCAUUGUUGCACUCAAUAGAGAGACUGACCGACGCUUUACAUUCUGAAUAUGUGAAGCGACCGGAGAAAGACCAGUUGCAGAUUGAUGAAACCAUAUUUUACGACUCGACGGUAGAAAGCCCAUCAAUUUAUGGCCCUUGCUUCGGGAACACUCGUUCCGAACACAACUGGACAACUGUCUGGGUCAUUGCGAAUCUAUUGAAGCUUUCAGAGACAGUUGCGAACCAAUUACCGGCCUCCCAAUCGAACCGCGAAACAUCACAGAAAAGACUGCGUGUCAAUUCUGCGGUAGAGGACAUUUUCAGAGAUGCUAUAUCGGCAACAGGUGCACGAAGGAUUUGUGCAUUGCAAUUGAUUCCAUUUCUGGAACAUGGCAUCAGUAUCGAUAAAAAGGAGGCUAUCACGCGGCGACUGGUUCCCAGUAUCCUUGAUGAUAAUGCCUCAAUAUCUUCUUGGACUAUGUUGGCACUGACUAGCAUCGCGAAGGGGUCGGAUGCUGAACUUCCGGAUUUCAGGGCCCAUUGGCGACGAGCAAUAGACCUUACAACUCGUUCAUUCUCCUCAUAUGGCACAUCGCGGGCCGCUUGCAAGUUGACCAGCUCCAUUUUGGAAGCAGACUUGUUAGAGCAUUCCAUAGCGAUGAAGACUGUACGAUCUUUGCUCUCAUCUGCAAAUUUCAAUGGGCCUUCAGCUCUUUCAGACACAUCCCUGGAACUGUGGUCUUUAAUCACACGCAGGAAGACGCAACUGAACCCUGGUUCAAUACAAAAUUCGUCCCAGCAGAUUUGCAAUUGGCUUAGAGAUGUUUGGACGAUUGGUGCCGUGACAGACCGUACUCAAAUGGCCCACGUUGCCAUGUUUGCCCGACCACUGGACUUGCUCAAUCUUUUUCUAGCAUGCACAAAUCGAAUUUGUGAUCUUCCGCAUCGCCAUCACGCAGGCAUUUCGGGUAAUAUCGCCAGGACCUGGCUUUUCUUUCACGAGAAUCGAGCGAUUCUGGAGUAUCUUUUCAAUGUCGGGAAUUCCUUUGGACACUGGAGACCAUGGGACAGGAAUGCCACGUGGAGCUUGACGUCCCAGACGCGGCAAGAUCCCGAUGAUGAGAUUAUUCUAGAGCUCCUACGAUCGAAGUCAGAAGGCUUUCUCCAAACAUGGAAGACCCUGACGGAAGACAAGUCUUACCAUGUCACUGCUGAUCUUCUCCAAAUAUUAGCCUCUUUCUGCAUAGUCUCGGAUCUUUAUAUGGCAUGCCUUCCUCCACAGCUAGUGCCACAGAUGCAAGGUCUACAGCAUAAUUGUCAAGCCCUGUGGCGUGGGAUCUGCGACUUCUUGGCAACCCAUGGAUCCGACUUCAUGCAUGCAUGUCUUGAGCUACUUCCCCCCAUACUUCCUGCAGCCUCAAUUCCAGACCCCCAGUCUGUCGUUUGGUCGGGCCUUUAUUCACUUGUUCUUCCACUCGCCACCCUACUUGAAAGACUGCGCCAGAGCCAGAAGGAACAUACUUUUGCAGAAGAUAUCAUGGACUUGGAUGAUCAACUGACAUUAACUAGAGAAGAGGUAUCUACCGACCAUAUCAUUCUUUCCUUGAAUCGCGAAUCUAUUCCUCUAUUUCCAGACACCGCUUCAUUUCAGCGCUGCUUGACGAUACAACUCUCUCUUUUACUUAGACUAAAGCCGACUGGUCCUCACCAGGAGCCAUCAGAACACUCGAGCUUGACGGAAUAUCUGAUCAGCUUGGACGAAGCAGACCUCUUAUCUGCACGCCAUGUUCUGGCUGAGGCCUACCACGCAUGCUCAAUAAUGGACCGAGAUGACUUACUUCACGUGAUAGAAAAUGUUGGAGAAAAGUGUCUUCAGUCAUAUGAAAUGGAGCGCUGUGAAGCAUCGCAUAGUGUUUGUAUUCAAAUGAUGGCUGGUCUUGUUGCAUGUUGGACAGGCACGCAGAGUGAUAACUUGAACGAUUCGGCCAUGGACCUGUAUAGCUGGUUCAUCGAAGUCCUCCUCACUCGAAAGAGAGCCUCCCCCAGGGUUUAUAUCAUUUUGUCUGAAUUGAUACAGGCGGUUCUGGGUGUAUGCCCAUCGUAUGGAAGUGAGCAAUCGCUUUCAUCCCCCCGGACGAGUCUAUUCACAAUACUGCACGAGGGAGAUGCACAGGUCAAAUUCAAUGUCGCCCACUUUAUCCCGACUCUUUUCGAAAGGUUUCUUUUUAAAGACCACGAUGCCAUUUUCGAUGAUGUGCUGGAGAGUUUACCCCGUGACCCAGACUGGAUUGAAGGGAUUGCGCUUCGCCUGUUUGUCUUGUCUCUAUUGGCCUCUGAAUGGCAUACUUUGCUACGGAGAAGUAUUUACCAUAUUUUCGAAACACCAGCGCAGGUACCUCUGUCUUUGGAAUAUGCCCGUAAGUGCGUGAAGUCAGUUUCGAAGGCUCGGGGGUUAGAAGACGGAAGACAUUUGUUCCGACUUUUCGCGUCCCAGAUACUCUACACAUGGACAGAGACCCAAGCAAUCACUUCAAUGCCAUUUAGCAUCUUUGGAUAUGAGAGUCUGAAGGAUUUGCUCCUCGAUGUGAAAGACGAGGUCGUUGGGCAGAUGAUGAUGCGUGCUAGAGAGUCUGAAACGCAAGAACUAGCAGUCCUUCUCGACGAGCCACAUAUGCAGCUACUAGAAAGCUCGUUCCACAAAGCAGAGGCUUAUAGUAUUGCCCGUGACAUCAGCACUCCGCCAGAGCAGGGAAGCCGGCCGAAGGGUGUGGAAAUCCGCCUGAGAAAGCUGCUCGGGGCCGAUAGAUUCAUGGCUCAAGUGGAAACACAGUUCCCCCAGAUAAUCACCAAUCUUUUCAAGACGCUUGAUCAAUACGAUACGAUCGAGCGAGCAUACGUGAAGCGCCCUGCCUUCCGUUAUGCCCUUGAUAUACAAAACCAAAUUGACAGUCGAUGCAAUUCUCUAAGCUCGCUACCCGCAAAUCAGCAGCCAUCAUUUCGGGCCCGCUACCUGCUUGACGAAAUGGAGUUUAUUUGCAAGCGUGCAGGAUUUGAAUUUGAGUCGAUAUGGACACCGACUUUAGUCUCGUUCGUGUGCCGAUCCCUGUUGGAGUCAAUCCAUCCUGCCCUCGGUUCUCUUCACACGUGCUCUGUUAUUCGAAAGAUCAAGAUUCUGGUUUGUUUGGCUGGUCCAAGGAUACUCGAAGACUACCCAUUUGAGAUGCUCUUACAUGCCCUGCGGCCAUUCCUAAUCGAUAUCCAUUGCUGCGAAGAUGUUCUGGGUAUAAUUUGGUAUCUUCUCGAUGCCGGAAAACCCUACUUGGUGCGGGCUCCUGGGUUUAUGGCAGGCAUCUGCAUAUCGACGCUCGUGACACUCCGCAAGCUGUUUGCAUCAUCUCCCGAGAGCACAACGCAAGAGAUACAAUUUAAAACAAUGCUUUCGAACGCACAGAUGUUUCAUCAGUGGCUUUGUGAUUUGCUUAAAGACUAUGACUGUUCGGACUGGAGUGCAGCUGGCCAGAAGUCUUUCUCUCAGCUUCUAAAUCUUGCACAACAGUUUUCAGCCCUUGACGAUCCACCGACGGGCCAAAAUGAAAAGGGGUUGGUCUUUGAGGUUCUCAAAGACCGUGAUUCUGCGAGACCUUUGUUGAGCAAAUCAAUUGGUGAUAAUUUACUCUCUUUACUUUGCCCUGAGAUAAAAAAACCACUGGACAAAGACGGUGAGAGUCUUGACCCAGCCUCUCACGUUGUUUCCCUGUGGGAUACUCUGGAUAGGUUUGAUAGUGGACCCGAGUACUCUUUAUGGGCAGCUCGGCUGAUUGGACGUUCAUUUGCUGCUUCAGGCAAAAUAGACGAGAGCUUGCUUAGAGAACAGGGGCUUUCGUUAUUUAAAGCAUCUGAGAUAACUGCGCAACUUGACAAUCUCUGUCAAUCCAAGGCCAGUAUCCUCCAGAUUCUUUGCGAGAAGCUACCGAGCCACAACUAUAUGGAAGCUGGUCUGAUUGAACGAACCCUGCAACUAAUUCUCAGCAAAAUACCGGGAUUUCCAGACUUCGAAGGCUGCGCAGAAGUCAUACCUGAGCCUUUGGUGAAAGCCCUUAUCUGGAAUCCAUAUUCUUGCCCUGACAUCGCGCUAUCCGAAUCAGAACUUAAACCUUGCGGCAAAGCAAAAGCGGAUGUAUCUGGGCUUUCUGCGAUUGACUGGGCUCGUAAUACUUGUCUUUCCCUGUGUAACGUCUCCCUGAACGACCCAGUAGUUGGCUCCCUAUACAAGGCUCUUAACGUUGUUCCAGGGCUGGCUGUGCAAUUGUUGCCAUAUAUCGUCCACGACGUUCUCCUUACAGAGGAAGACAGAAAAGGGCAGAUUCGGCAAGAUUUAUCCAACAUUUUCAAACAAAUUCUGCGCGAAGUCAGUGAUGAAACGAUGCCUCAUGCUCGCAGCGUGAUAGAUUGCAUCCUUUAUCUUCGCAAUCAACCUGUGCCAGAUGAAUCGACCAUCGUCGAGCGGGAUAUGUGGCUUGAUAUUGAUUUCGGAGAAGCAUCCACAGCUGCGCACCAGUGUGGCUUGCAAAAAACUGCGCUUCUUUUUCUUGAAAUCCAGGCAAGCAGGAUCGUUGCUGGGUCUCGUCGGUCAUCUGUCGUAAAAUAUGAACCUCCUUUGGAGCUGCUUCACGAUAUCUUCAAGAACGUCGAUGAUCCAGAUUUGUUUUACGGUAUCCAGCAAAGCUCCUCUUUGACCACCGUCAUGGAGAGAUUGGAGUACGAGAGCUCUGGACUCAAGAAUCUCAUAUUCCAGAGUGCACAAUAUGACAGCGAAAUUCAGAUAUCUGAAAUGGCGAAUCCUUCUGGGGUACUGAGGGCCUUGAACACGGCUAAUCUCCAGGGAAUUGCUAACAGAAUGCUAUCUGCUGGAGGAAGAACAAAUGAAACGCCUUUUUCAUCUGAUAAAAUGCUGCAAGGAGCUACGAGUCUCCAGCAAUGGGAUGUACCCGUAUCACCAUUGGACUCGUCGCCGUCAGCAACAGUUUUUCGUGCCUUUAAAAGCUUGAACACAUCAUCUUCCUUGCCAGAGAUAUUUAAUUGUAUCAAUGGCUGUCUGUUGACGACCCUCGACUCCUUGACCGAUACUGGUCGGUCCGCAAUUCAGAUCAGAAACGCUAUGCGCGCCUUGGGCAUUAUGACGGAGAUGAGCGAUGUAAUCCAGUCAACGUCGCCUGAAGAAAUGAACAAGGAGUGGAAGCGAAUCCAAGAGAGCAGUAGCUGGCUGGAAACUGAAAGUCAUCACGAGGUUGGGGAGAUUCUGGGAUGGCACGAGGCACUGUUCUCCUCGAUCAGAAAAAGUGACCUACUCCAGUCCAGGACGAAGAUGACCAUUGCGGAGUCGCGCCUACUUGAAGCAAACGUUUUCCGCCAGUCUCUCGAAAUCAACAGGAAACACGCCGUAUCCCAGGCAUCAUUGAAAUCAGCCAUCAGUCUUUCAGGGCUGGCUGGACCCUGCGCUGAGCUGGGGAUGAACAUUGAUGGGGCCACCAAGUUUGAUCUUGCCAAUGUACUCUGGGAUCAAGGAGAGAUGACUGCCUCCAUUCGAAUGCUGCAGAAUUUGAAAGGCCAAGCAGAUUUGCAAAAUCAAGCAAUCCCACUGAGCCGCUCCGAAUUGCUUGUGACUUUGGGUCAUCAUGUCGCGGAGGCACGCCUGGAGAAGCCGGAUUCGAUCCUUCACGAUUACCUGUCUCCCGCAGUUAAAGAAUUGAAAGGUGCCUCGGAAGGAGAAACCGCGGGUCGAGUCUACCAUGGAUUCGCAGCGUUCUGUGAUCAGCAGCUACUGAAUGCUGAUGGACUGGAAGACUUCAAGCGGGUUGAACAACUGCGGGAUCGCAAGGAGAAAGAGCUCAAAGGUCUCGAGGAUAUGAUGAAAAAUGCAGAGGGCCGGGAAAAAGAGUCUUUGAAAAUCUUCCGUUCAAAAGCCAAACAAUGGUUCGAUCUUGACGAUCGCGAAUACCAGCGGUUGCUCCGGAGUCGAGAAGCCUUCUUGCAGCAGUGUCUGGAGAACUACCUCCUUGCCUUGAGAGAAAGUGAUGCGUACCACAAUGAUAUCCUUCGAUUCUGUGCGCUUUGGCUAGAUAAAUCCGACAGCAAGAUCGCAAAUUCGGCCGUCUCCAAGUAUCUCAAUGAGGUGCCCAGCUACAAAUUUGCGCCACUGAUGAAUCAGCUUUCCUCUCGCCUGCUUGAUGUCUCUGAUGAUUUUCAAUCGUUACUCACUGGGCUUGUGUACAAGAUUUGCGUGGAACACCCAUUCCACGGCAUGUAUCAGAUCUUUGCCAGCAGCAAGUCUAAAGGUGGAAAGGAUCCGUCAUCUCAUUCUAGAUAUCGUGCCGCAAACCACCUUGUCGAUCGUUUGAAGAACGAUAGCAAGAUUGGUUCAACGUGGGUGGCCGUUCAUAACAUGAAUAUCACCUACGUCCGCUUUGCAGUCGACAAGCCAGACAGCAAAUUCAAAACAGGCGCCAAAGUUCCUUUAAAGAAACUUCCUACUGGAGAGCGUCUUGGGCAAGAUGCCGUCACAUAUAAGCUGCCGCCGCCAACUAUGAAGAUCAAGCUCCGGCGAGAUCGGAACUACAGCGACGUUCCCAAAGUUGCUAAAUUUUCCCCUGAAUUCACGCUUGCGUCUGGUGUCAGCGCCCCCAAAAUUGUUACAGCUAUUGCGACCAAUGGUGUCCACUAUAAGCAGCUGUACAAAGGAGGUAAUGAUGAUCUUCGUCAAGACGCUAUCAUGGAGCAAGUGUUUGAGCAAGUCAGCAGUGUGCUUAAUGAUCAUCAGCCAACUCGCCAGCGAAAUUUAGGCAUCAGGACAUACAAGGUACUGCCAUUGACCCUCAAUGCAGGCAUCAUCGAAUUUGUCCCCAACACCAUCCCCUUGCACGACUAUCUGAUGCCUGCACACCAACGUUAUUUCCCCAAGGACAUGAAACCCAGUGCCUGUCGAAAACACAUCGCCGAUGUGCAAAGUCGAUCAUUUGAACAGCGAGUCAGGACGUAUCGCCAAGUGACAGAGCACUUCCAUCCAGUGAUGAAAUACUUCUUCAUGGAGAAGUUCAAUAACCCUGAUGACUGGUUUAGGAAGCGACUUGCGUACACCAGAAGUACCGCGGCAAUCUCCAUUCUAGGACACAUCCUGGGACUCGGUGAUCGGCAUGGACAUAACAUCUUGUUGGACGAGAAGACAGGCGAAGUAGUUCACAUCGACCUGGGUGUCGCAUUUGAACAAGGGCGUGUCCUCCCGGUCCCAGAAGUGGUGCCCUUCCGACUGACUCGGGAUCUUGUUGACGGCUUCGGUAUUACCAAGACAGAGGGUGUCUUCCGGCGAUGCUGCGAAUUCACCUUAGAGGCACUCCGACAAGAGUCAUAUAGCAUUGUGACUAUUCUUGAUGUGCUCCGGUAUGAUCCACUGUACAGCUGGACUGUGUCACCGCUGCGAAUGAAGAAGAUGCAGGAUAACCAGGAAGCGGGUGAUGGAAUUCCUGUUGUGCCGGGUGCAACAGAUAAACCCUCGACGAAUGAGCCAAGUGAGGCUGACCGAGCUUUGACGGUAGUUGCAAAAAAAUUGAGCAAAACGCUCAGUGUGACUGCGACUGUUAAUGAGCUUAUCCAGCAGGCAACGGACGAAAGGAAUCUUGCUGUGCUGUAUUGUGGUUGGGCUUCUUACGCUUAA